AUGGUUGAGAGGAUGGAUAAAAGCUGUUUGCCUUGCCACCAAGCCCCAAAUCGAUCUCCCCUGUUUCAAAACUCCCAUGGACUUGGAAGCGGCGAAGCGGUCGCUGGGGGCGGUCGCUGGAUCCCCUCAAAAUUCUACGACUCUUUCGUCCUCCAUGGCCUCCGCGUGGACCUCGUCGAGCCCGGCCGACUCCUCUGCUCCGUGACCGUCCCUCCAUCGUUACAGAACGCGGGCAACUUUCUACACGGCGGCGCCACCGCUUCCCCGGUGGAUUUGGUCGGCUCCGCGGGGGCUCCGAUCGGGGGUGCCCCGCUGGAGAUCGGCAUCGCCUACUUGGAUGCCGCCUUUGUCCGUGUGCGUUCAUUCUUUUAGUUAAAAACUCAUAUCUUCAGCUUCGGAAAACAUGUUAAUUUCCAAAACUAAGCAUCUCUAGCAAUAACAAUAGAAAACAUUGACAUUGUACAACAAAGAAUCUACUGUCAGACUUAGAUAUACUUGAAAUUAAAUAAAAAGACAAGCUUAACUACGGAACAGUCUUGUCGUCCAUAGAACCUUCGUUGCCAUAACAUUCAAUGACAAAAGUAUUUUCGCCAUGAAAACAAAAAUCACUUUCAUAGCAUAAAAUAACUUUGUGACAAAAGUAGAUGUGCUAUUUUUUUUCACGUUUUUGACAAAAUAUCUUGUCGCAAUUUAUGGAGGUAUUAGCAACAAUUCUAAUUUCAUCACAAAAUGCUAAGUAUUUGAUGACAUGUUAUGGUCGAAGAUUUUUAUCGAAGGAGCUUUGAAUACAAAUUUGGCGAUGAGUUUUUUUUUUUCAUUGUCAAAUGCUUUUAUAGCUGAAGUAUAGCUUGUUGUGUUUGCUUUGUAUAAACCUUGCUCUAGCCCAAGGAUAUUAUUACCAAAUAACCCGCAAUAUCAAGUAAAUUGUAAAAUAAUUAAAUAUUUUGUCUUCCUACAUAGUUGUUUAAUCAAUAUCUUGUAAUACAUACUCAAAUUUAUAUCGAAAAAGGUUGCUAGGUCGAAUGUUAGCCUUCUUCACAAUCUUACACUCAGUUUUAUUGUGUCACAUAAACACUUCACCAAGUACAAGUAUUAAAGAAAAAGUUUUGUCAACUACAUUUCUCUCUCUCUCUCUCUCUCUCUCUCUCGCAUAUGCGCACUCGCCACAUGCACACAUGAGCAAAGGCUUCUGCUCUCCAAGAUCAGUAGGUUUUCUUUUGCUUCUUGCUUAGGAAAAACAUUUAUCAUAGUGUUCAUUUUCUGAAAAGUAGUUUUUUGCAUCAAGGCGAUCUUCUCCUUCCAUGAUCUUUAUCAAAAAAAAAAGGGAACACAUACUUUUAAUUAAUUUAGUUUGCUUAUAUCAUCCAAAAUAUUUAAGGUGCAGUAACUAGAUUGAAACUUAUGGAAUUGUGCUUAGAUUUCUUAGAAAAUGCUGCUCUUGCAGCCUAGUUUUUUUUUUUAACACAAACGUCAGAUCUUCUUCAUUUCUCUCAAUGAUAGACCCAUUAUUAUUAUCUUUAAAUAAUUUUUUUAUUGAUAUCAUUCUCUGUUUUCUGUACUUUUGACUGUCAGAUGAGAAUGAACCUUUGUCAUCAUCUACCAACCAGACCUAUUUAAGUCAGAUAUAAACAAAUCAGUGUGGAAAUCUCAAUUCCCUAUAUAUUUUAUCAUGGUUCAGUCUCAUCUGCUGAACAAUAACAAUACAAUUACAGAGGAAGACCAGCCUGGCAUUUAAAAAUGGCUCAUUAAACAAAGUUCUGCUAUGAACAUUCCUAUGAUUGUUGGGGGUUCUUCACAUGGCUGAUCUUUGUAUUUUGUGUUCAAGUUUGACAAGUGCCACUCAGAAGGACACAUUUUUUCUUCCUCAUUCGAGAAAUAUCGUAGUUCCUUGUCCUAAACCUCAUCAGUCAUGGACCUAGGCUAAAUAAUUUUGCCUUAAUUAAUUUCUUUUUGGGAUACAACACAUCUCAUGACCGACAAAGUCAUCAGUAAUCCUCUUGCGAACAUUGGGCCGCCACAAGUAGGCAGACAUCAGAUGUUGAAUAAAAGAUAGCUCUUUUGUUAUUAAAUCGCAUUGGUGGGUAUAGUGGACCAAAGUAUAAUACCCAACAUAAUCAUGUAUAUGGUCCUUCUGUUAAAUUCAUUUCAGAAGUUUUCUAAUCGUAGUUAUUGUUUAACUAAUGUGAAGCAAAGCAGCAGUGAGAAAACACAAGAACGUAUACUGUUGAGAUACAUUUAAGGUUUUUUUUUCCCUGAAGCUCAAGCUAUUAAUUGUCGAAAAAAAAUCUGAAGCCAUAGAAGAGUUGAGUUGGCACUUGCACUUGAUUAAAACCUAUGACGAUUUUAUUGAAACACUAAUUCCGAUUUAUAUUGAUUACUGAUGCAAAUUAAAGCUGUACAGAUGGGCAGCAAUAAAACCUUUACUGCUUAUUUCAGAACAGUUGCAACACAAUUUGGUGCUGUGAUUUAACUUCCUUUUAGCUACCAUGGCACUCUUCAAGAUCUCAUACAUGGACUCAG